AUGCUAAGAGGUUUACAAAGAGUCAAGAUACGCUCUGCUCACAAUCAUUCGCUAAGAUGUUUCAAUCGUUCUAAAUCUAGCUGGACCACAGCUAUAGAAACUGCAGCUAAAUUAGUUACACCAUCCAUGAUUUUAAAAGAUCCAAUCUCAUUAGUCUCUCAUGAAAUGUCCCAAUUGGCUUCGAAUAUCGGGACGUUGAUAGGUUCGGGACAUCCAACAUUGAAUAGAAUUAGUGCAUAUUAUUUUGAGAGUCAAGGGAAAAAAAUUAGACCAUUAUUAGUGUUAUUACUAAGUAGAGCACUUAGUGAAAUCCCAAUUGAAGAGAGAAAUAGAAUCAAGAUUGAUGAUUUAGAUAUCCCUGAACAACCUGUUUAUGAAGGUACGAAAUCCCUUGGUGCUAUUUUGAAAGAACAACAUUCUCAGGGCCAAAUAUCUCCAUUAAGAAUAUUACAUGGUAUUAAUCCAAAUAUUAUAUUGGAUCCAUUAACAAAACCUCAUGAAACAUUGCCAGAGUUUGAUUCGAAAAGAGGGAUAUUACCAAAACAAAGAAGAUUGGCAGAAAUCGUGGAGAUGAUUCAUACUGCUUCAUUAUUACAUGAUGAUGUUAUUGAUAAUUCAGAUUCAAGAAGAAAUCGUCCAAGUGGGAAUAUUGCAUUCAAUAACAAGAUGGCCGUGUUGGCUGGAGAUUUCUUAUUGGGUAGAGCUAGUGUAUCCAUUUCAAGAUUAAGAAACCCAGAAGUUAUUGAAUUGUUGAGUACUUCAAUUGCAAAUUUAGUGGAGGGAGAAUUUAUGCAAUUGAAAAAUACUGUUUUCCAACCUGAUGAGGAUUUAAUCGAUGAGGAUAAAUUGAUUCCAAAACCAACAGGGGCAAUAGAUACUACGGUCCAUGAAUAUAGCGUUUCAGUUCCGUCGGGUCAAGGAAUCACUCAUGCUCAACAAGUUGAUGCAGCAUUUGAAUAUUAUAUCCACAAGACAUAUUUGAAAACCGCAGCGUUAUUAUCCAAAUCAUGCAGAUCUGCAGCUAUCCUAAGUGGUGCUAAUGAAAAUGUGAUUGAUAAUUGUUAUCAAUUUGGUAGAAAUGUUGGGUUAUGUUUCCAAAUGGUUGAUGAUAUUUUGGAUUAUACUCAAACUUCAGAAAGUUUAGGGAAACCAGGUAAUGCAGAUUUGAAAUUAGGAUUAGCUACGGCUCCUAUAUUGUUUGCCUGGAGGGAGAAUCCAGAAUUGGGAGAAUUGAUUAAAAGAAAAUUUAAACAUGAAGGAGAUGUGGAAAUUGCAAUGAAGGAAGUUUAUAAACAUGAUGGAUUAACUAAAACUAAACAAAUGGCUGAAGAUUAUUGUCAUAGGGCCUUGGAGAAUUUGAGAAGUGUAUUGCCUGAAAGUGAUUCAAGAAGUGCAUUGGAAUUCUUGACUAAUGCUAUUGUAACAAGAAGUAAGUAA